AUGGCACCAAUUAAGCUCAUCGAGUAUUUCAGAGUAAAGCCACGCUGGCUCUUUGUCAAGAUCACUGAUGAGGAUGGCGUCGUCGGCUGGGGAGAAGGAACUCUGGAAGGUCAUACUCUGGCUGUCGAAGGAGCGCUGGACGAGAUCAUUGUUCGCUUAAUUGGGCAGGAUGCGAACCGCAUUGAACACAUCUGGCAAUUGAUUUGGAGACUCGGCUUCUAUCGAGGGGGACCUGUCUUUAUGAGCGCAUUGUCCGGUAUCGAUAUCGCGUUAUGGGACCUCAAAGCACGGAGGUUAAACGUCCCGAUCUAUGAGUUGCUAGGCGGCAAAGUUCGAGAAAAGUGUCAGGUAUACUGCUGGAUUGGCGGCGAUAGACCUGCUGACAUAGAGAACGCUGCAAAGGCAAGAAAAGAACAGGGAUUGACUUGUGUCAAAAUGAAUGCUACAGAAGACAUCGGCUGGCUUGAUGAUGCAGCAGUACUGGACGCGACAGUCGAGCGUUUGAAGAUUGUCAAGGGCCUCGGUCUGAACGCUGGUCUUGAUUUCCACGGUCGACUCCAUCGUCCAAUGGCUAAACAGCUGGCAAAAGCUUUGGAGCCAUACCGCCCACUCUUCAUCGAAGAGCCAAUUUUGGUGGAACACCCAGAAGCCCUCAAGCAGUUGGCAGCACAAACAAGCAUUCCGAUUGCGCUUGGGGAGAGAUUGUACCAUCGCUGGGACGCGAAGCCUUUCUUCGAAGCAGGAGUGAUCGAUAUUCUCCAGCCCGAUAUCGCUCAUGCUGGUGGCAUAUCAGAGACGAAGCGCCUCGCAAAUAUGGCGGAAACAUACGAUGUUGCGAUUGCACCGCACUGUCCCUUGGGUCCCAUUGCUUUUGCUGCAUCGCUGCACAUCGGGCUUUCCACACCAAACUUUGUCAUCCUGGAAAUGAGUCUUGGUAUGCACUAUAACACAGAAGCAGGUGAUAUUGAUCUCAACACGUACUUGAAGGACCAGUCAGUAUUCGGAAUUGAUGGUGGCCAUGUCAAGGCUCCUACUGGACCAGGACUGGGAAUCGAGGUGGAUGAGGAGAUGAUUCGCAAGAUAUCCGCCGAGACCCAACCGUGGCAGCCAAAAGAGUUCUUUGGGCCCGAUGGCUCCAUCAGAGAGUGGUAG